CCUGCGGCCCUGUGCCAUCCAGCAAAAGAAUCUUCUGUGGUUUCAGAUGUUAUAACGACAAACCAAAGCGUGGUGAUGUUCUGCAACCGUCUUAAUAAGACGACACUGAUCAGUGCUGUGAAGAGAACUUGCGGCCUCCCCUGUGCUUUCACUCUCUCUAAUCUCUCACCUCUCCAUUUCUCUACUGGUACAUUGAGUGAGGUGGAGCAAAUGGUUGGGAACAGUGACAAGCACAUCACUCGUGUUCUCUUUUGUGGGCCAUAUUUCCCUGCUUCUCAUCAGUACACUAAAGAAUACUUGCAGAAGUACCCUUUCAUCCAGGUUGAUGAUGUCCCACUUGCUGUCGUGCCUGAUGUUAUAUCAAACUACAACAUUUGCAUAGUAAAAAACAUGCGGCUAACUUCAAACAUUAUAUCCCGUGCAACUCAGAUGAAACUUAUUAUGCAGUUUGGUGUUGGCAUUGAAGGAGUUGAUAUUGAUGCUGCUACAAAGUACGGAAUUAAAGUCGCCAGAAUUCCAGGUGAUGCUACUGGAAAUGCAGCAUCAUGUGCAGAGAUGGCCAUAUAUUUAAUGUUGGGCCUUCUUCGGAAACAGAAUGAGAUGCAGAUUUCCAUAAAGCAGAAAAGGCUUGGAGAACCAGCUGGUGAGACACUAUUUGGCAAGACAGUAUUCAUUAUGGGGUUUGGAAAUAUAGGGAUUGAUUUGGCAAAGCGCUUGCGACCAUUCGGUGUCAAGAUUAUUGCCACAAAAAGGAGCUGGGCACUGCAUUCUGAAGGUUCUCUUCAAUCCAAUGGUUUCCUAAUUGAAAAUGGUACCAAUGAUAAUUUGGUUGACGAGAAGGGCAGUCAUGAAGAUAUUUACAAGUUUGCUGGAGAGUCAGACAUUGUUGUUUGUUGCUUGAGGAUGAAUAAAGAGACAGCUGGUAUUGUGAACAAAUCAUUCAUAUCUUCAAUGAAAAAGGGUUCCCUUUUGGUAAAUAUUGCUCGAGGAGGUCUCUUGGACUACAACGCUGUUGUGCAUCAUCUUGAGUCUGGACAUUUAGGGGGCUUAGGAAUUGAUGUCGCUUGGACUGAGCCAUUUGAUCCUGAUGAUCCAAUUCUCAAAUUCAACAAUGUUAUAAUCAGUCCUCAUGUUGCAGGGGUUACAGAACACUCUUACAGAUCCAUGUCUAAGGUUGUUGGAGAUGUUGCCCUUCAACUUCAUUCAGGAAAUCCUUUAACGGGCAUAGAGAUUGUGAACUGACUCUUGAGACAGCUUCACAAUUUGGACUUCCAUUAAGGGAGAUGCAUCUCCCAUCUUCAAUGGCUGAAGGGUCAUCCAAGAUGUGCUUACUUGAUGAUGUUUUCGGGUAGGCCAACCAUCUCAAAUGUCUGUUGUUUUCAUGCAAUGUGAGUUAGACCAUGCAAAAUUGAGUAGACAAUGUCUCAAUCUCUUAGAAAUUGAGUAGACAAUCAGACAACAUUUAGCUCUUGACAUUGUUUUUCAGUGCCAUCACAUGGCCUAAUUCGAAAUAUGCAAAAUUGAAUUUUAAGUUGUUUCAGGAA